UGAAAAGCAGCAGCGCACUUCCUGUAGGCGUCGAGAAAGUCUAGUCAUGCUGGUUUGUGUUUUCAUUCUGUGUGUUUUGACUGUUGUACAUGUAUCUGUCCUUCUGUAGUACACUCGUCUUUAUGUAUGAUCUCGUCUGUGUUGUUGUGCUGAAAUGAGCGAUGUUGUGGAGAAAACCCUCACUGCUCUGCCGGGUUUAUUUGAUUCUCAAACCGGAGCUGCUAGAAUCACCAACAGAUUAAGACAACUCAUCAAGAGCAUCACAGAACUGACAUCUAAACAUGACGAGGAGAACCUCAUCAAACAGGAGCUGUCUGCCAUGAAAGAGCAGGUUUCAUCUCCCAACACUACUAUGAAGCAGAUGAGAGAGGUCAUGGUGCGAGCCAUGUACUGUGAGAUGCUGGGCUACGAUGCCUCCUUCACCUACAUUCACGCCAUCAAACUGGCGCAGCAGGGCGGCGUGCUGGAGAAGAGAGUGGGGUACCUUGCGGUGUCUCUCUUCCUCAAUGAAGGACAUGAGUUGUUGUUAUUGCUGGUAAACACCGUAUUGAAAGAUCUUCAGAGCACUAACCUCAUCGAAGCGUGCAUGGCGCUGACUGUUGUAGCUCAGGUGUUUCCCAAAGACAUGAUACCUGCUGUCCUUCCUCUGGUGGAAGACAAGCUGUCGCAUCCAAAGGAGAUCAUUCGGAGAAAAGCCGUCCUGGCGUUAUAUAAGUUUCAUCUCAUUGCUCCGACUCAAGUCCAGCACAUUCAUGGCAAGUUUCGAAAAGCCCUGUGCGACAAAGAUCCGGGUGUCAUGACAUCAUCUUUACAUAUUUACCUACAGCUGAUCAAGGAGAGUCCAGACGGCUAUAAGGACCUGACGGGAAGUUUGGUCACUAUCCUGAAGCAGGUGGUGGGGGGGAAACUCCCGGUGGAGUUUGACUAUCACAGCGUUCCUGCGCCGUGGCUUCAGAUCCAGCUGCUCAGGAUCCUCUCGCUGCUCGGGAGAGAGGACCCAAGCACUAGUGAGCUGAUGUAUGACGUUCUGGACGAGUCUCUGCGCAGAGCGGAAAUGAACCACAACAUCACUUACGCGAUCCUGUAUGAGUGUGUGAAGGCCGUCUACACCAUCCACCCCAAAGCUGAGCUGCUUGAAAAAGCCGCGAGAUGCAUUGGAAAUUUUGUUCUUUCUCCAAAGAUCAACCUCAAAUAUCUUGGUUUGAAAGCCUUGACGUAUGUGGUCCAGCACGAUGCUAGACUCGCCCUGCAGCAUCAGAUGACCAUCAUCGAGUGUUUGGACCACGCAGAUUACACGAUUAAAAGAGAGACUCUUGAAUUGCUGUUCAGGAUCACAAACGCUCAGAAUGUGACCGUGAUCGUUGAGAAGAUGUUGGACUUCCUGCACGGUUGCAACGACGAGCACACCAUCAUCCAUCUGGUUGGAAAAGUCGCAGAGCUCGCUGAAAAGUUUGCUCCGGAUAACUCGUGGUUCAUUCAGACAAUGAAUGAUGUUUUUUCCACUGGUGGAGAUUUGCUGCAACGGGACGUCCCAAACAACUUCCUGCGAGUGCUGGCGGAGGGCUCAGAGUCUAAAGAGGAAGAUGAUCAGUUACGGCUUCAUGCUGUCGACUCGUAUCUGACCGUGCUGAAGAGAGACGCUUCUCGUCUGCCCCAGCGCUUCUUACAGGUCAUGAGCUGGGUGCUUGGAGAAUACACUCCCCUCCAGGAGUCGGUGGACCAGCGUGAGGUCAUCUGUCUCCUGACGAAGCUGCUGGAUCAGAGAAGCGUGAGCUCAGAGACACGGGUCUGGAUUCUUUCAGCGCUGACCAAGAUCUCUGAGGGUCAGACAGACUUGAUUCUGGAGCUGGCUGAGAGUCUUUCGUCCUCCCAGGACACGGUGCUCCGUCAGCAGGCCCAGGAGCUGCGUCAGCUCUCCCAGGACUCACUGCUCUAUGAGCGGGUCCUGCCCCGUGGAGCCCCCUGGGGCGGCAUGGAGGUUGACUCUUCUCUGUCGUUUCUGGAUGGGUUUGUGUCCGAGGCAUUGGCUGCAGGAGCCGCACCGUAUAAACCCCCUCAUCAGAGACAGGAAGAGCUGUGUGAGGACAGAGCACUGAAUCUGGAGCCGUACAGUUAUUCUCUGCCUGUAAGUUUGUCAUCAUGUAGCAUCACGGACAGACCGUCUCCCACACUUCUGUCCGUCAGCUCGGGACUCUCGGGAAACAGCACUGAACUCUCUCAGAAGGCCGGCUCCAGCGCUCUGAUUCUUGAGGGUGUAAAGAGAGUUUGGGGGAAAGAUGGGUAUCUUCGUCAGAAAGAGACAACAGCACCUCCGGUGGAUGAACCCAGCGCUGCAGUUCAGUCCUCCGGCAAACAGGAGGCAGCAGAGAGAUCACAGCCACAACCGGAGCCCUCGACGCAAAACCAGGACAAACAGCAGCUGGCUUCCUCUCUGUUUGUUGGUUUGGGAGCCGGGAGCGCCAUGUCUCUGCUGGGAAAAUCUGAAGCCCCGCCCCCUCGCUUCAGAAAAAAGCCCCGCCCACACUCGUCAUCAUCAUCAUCAGGCACCAGCGAGAGGUCUUCCGAAUCCUCCUCUCACUGCACGACUGACAGCUUCCUGUACGGCAGAUUGCUGGAGGAGGAGCCAGCCACAUCCAUAUCUGCUUUUAGCCACACCCCAAAAUCCUCGACAGCCAAUGGUCUGGCUCGAAACGAAGACAGACGCACAAACACGUCUCAGAUACUGGGUGGCGAUCUGGUUCUAGUGCGGCCCAACACGAUCCAGGAUAAACAUCCUCCACCCGAAUCUUCAGAUCUGACCGCACUGUUACCCGCUGACCUCAAAGACCUACCUCACUCUGAUGUCAUCCGCCUGACCUCCGAACCCAGCCUGUCUCUGUCCUCCUGCCGCCUGUUCAGAGAUGAAGCUGUGCUGCUUGUGAUCUUAAUAUCCAACUGCACGGAAACUGAAAUCAAAGAUGUGGCAGUGCAGCUGACCUGUGACGAGCUGGAGACGGCGAGUUUGAGAGGGAACGUCAUGAACUGUCUGGAGGGCAGGAGUACGUCUGUGUGUCAUUACGCUCUGCUGAUGGACGACCCUCACACAAACGUGUCCUUCACCGGGACCGUCUCUUAUCAAACACAACCGGGACACACAAACACACUCCCCUUCUCUGGGACACUGUCAACAGCAGACUUCAUCAGGCCUUUGGUCUUAACCACCGAGGAAUAUGGCAAACUCUGGCUGACUCUGUCUCAUGACGUCAAACAGAAUCUGAAACUGCUCACAGAUGCCAGUGACCCGCUCAGAACCACCCUGAACGCUCUCAGAGACGCCCUACAGCUACAUGUAGUGGACAUCAUUGGCUCCGAGGGGAUCGUAGCAUGUCGGCUGCUCAGCGGUGCUCCCUGUCUUCUGCACUGCAGAGUGAACGGUGAUGCUCUGGCCAUGUGGCUGCGCUCUCCUCUUCCUGCUCUCCCAGACUGCAUCCUGUACCACUGCCAGAGAGCACUCGCACAACACUGAAGACCCACAAACACCCACAAAACACUGUCUUCAUGCAGGGACUGUUUAAAUGCAGUGCCUGUGUAUUGCUUGUCUUAUGCCCCGAUUAAUAAUUUAAAUGAUUUUUAUUUUUGGGUAUGCAGUCACUGAGCUGAGCUGCUUUGUUUCACACCUACAUAUAGAGAAAUUAUUUAUUGAUUUUAAACAUUUGUGGUAUGCUGUUUUCUGGUGAGUAUUAUUUUUGUUUUUCAUUUUUUAUUUGCAGAGAAAAAAAGAACAAAGAGCAAAAUUUGAGGAGUUUUAUAUAUAUACCGAAAAGCAAUGCAUAUACAAUUAUUAAAUAUUUCUGUUGUUAUUUUCAUAAUAAUAUAAAUAUUGAAAAUGUCUAUUAAAUAUUUUGAUUAUUUAUUCUAUUAAUUAUUUUCUUAAUAUUCAAUAGAAAAUUCUCAGUCAACCUCAAACAGUAGACUACUGUAAUUAUUUUUUAUAAAACAUCAUGAAAAGAAAACCGACCUUAUUGACUUUUUGAAAAGUGUUUCUUUUUCUGUUUCUUUCUCUUUUAAAUGUAUUUUUGGAUGGCUUUGCUAUGUGGAAAUGUGCUAUAUAAAUAAAAUGUACUUUAUGUAUUGUAAAUGAUUACCUGCACAUUAUUCCAAUAUAUAUUUAUUCCUAUAGAUGUGCUAUAUUUGCAUUUUGUGUUGUCAUGGUAGUUGUUUAGUUUGGAUGCAGUAGUUUUGAUCUCCAUGCAAAGAACGUUUUUGCAUGAUGCAUUUAAAAGUUAAUAACCAAGCGUAUGUUUAUAAAAGUGCAUAUAGCAGUAACAUAUCUAAUGCAGUGAUAUAUAAAUACUUUUUGGGCAGCUGUAUGACAAAGCAAAAUCUCUGGUCAACAUGUGUUUAUCAUGAAAAAGUAAUUAAAGGGAUACAAUAAAA